GGAAGAUAAAAUAAAUAUUAAAAUUUCGAGAUACUAAAAAUCGAAAACUUUUUUUUUUUCUUUGGGGUAGCCAAGAAGCCAAAACUUGUGCAGACAAGUCCCAACUGCGCAGAGCCCGAACAAACGAAACCUCCGGCGAAAGUUACGGCGACGAGGGCGGUGUCUGACUCCGAUAUUACUCCGAUAAGUGUGUACGCAUCUAGGAGGAGAGAUCACGGGGUCAAUUACACAAGGGUGUAAUGGGAAACCAGAAAUUAAAGUGGACGGGGGAAGAGGAGGAGGCGUUACUCGCCGGAAUUGCAAAGCACGGUGCCGGUAAGUGGAAGAAUAUUCUCCGGGAUUCAGAAUUUUCUAACCAGCUCAUCAAUCGCUCCAACAUCGACCUAAAGGAUAAGUGGCGUAACUUGAGUAUUGCCCCCGGUACUCAAGGUUCAACUAAUAGGGCACGGCCGACAAAAGUCAAAGAGGAAGAAGGCGUCACUCCACCUCCAGUUGUAACUGAUGAAAAAACUACUCCACCUCCUAUUGUUAACCCUAUUAUUCCCCCAGCUCCUACCCUUCCGCGUAAGAAAUCUAUUGAGUUGAUCACUGAUCAAAGUGGUAGUAACAGUGUGGUGGAUACAAAGAAUGCUCCCAGGUAUGAUGGGAUGAUAUUUGAAGCUCUCUCUGCAUUAGCGGAUGGAAAUGGAUCUGAUGUCAGUUCCAUUUUUCAUUUCAUUGAGCCCAGGCAUGAAGUACCGCCAAAUUUUAGAAGAGUCCUAAGUUCAAGACUGAGGAGGCUUGCAUCUCAGAGCAAACUUGUAAAGGUUAGCACCUUCAAAACUUUACAGAACUUCUAUAAGAUACCCGAUCCAUCAGAAACAAGAACAACACCAGCCCCAAAACCAAAGGAGACACAUACGAAGUCCCGGCAAUCAAACAAUCAGGCUUCUGCUAUUUCACUACAGAUGAUCGAGGAAGCUGCAAUAACAGCCGCCUGUAAAGUCGUAGAAGCAGAGAAUAAAAUAGACAUUGCAAAAGCAGCAGGAGAAGAGUUUGAGAAGAUGACUAAACUUGCAGAAGGAACAGAACAUCUCCUGGUGAUAGCUAAUGAGAUCCAUGAAAAAUGUUCUCGUGGUGAGGUUGUGCUAUUGGCUUGAGUCUUGGAGACGGACAUUUCCUUGAAGCUCAUUAUCAAGUUCCUACGUUCAUCUGCUUGUUGAUAAUAUAUAAACAAAACUAAUUUACUAGGCCGUGUCUCUCUGUUUGUGAGUAAAUUUCAGAGGUUCCUUUGGGGAAACCGCUUUCGUAUAUCGAAUAAUAAUACUUUACAUGUUUUGGA